CGUGAACUAAUUAGUCUUUGUCUCACAUUCACAGGAAAUGUUGCUAACCACAACAAAACAACAACAGACAGGGCGGCAUGCACAGAGAACCUAACAGAGACUGACGCCUUCAUCAGAAGCGCUUUAGCCUUGGAUCCUGCAGAGGAGUACAAGAUGGACAACAAACAACGAGGCCUUGCACUCAUCUUUAACCAGGAGCGCUUCUUCUGGCGCCUGGGAUUAAACGAAAGGCACGGGACCAACGCCGACCGCUACAACCUGGAGAAAAGACUGAAGGACCUAAACUUUGAAGUGAGGGCUUAUGAUAACUACAAACAGGUGGAAGUCUUGGAUAAAAUCAGCGAAGCUGCAGAGGCCAACCAUGCAGACGCAGACUGCUUCUUGCUCGUCUUCCUGAGUCACGGCGAGAACGAUCACGUUUACACGUACGAUGGAAAGAUCAGCAUUCAGGACAUCACGUCCCUGUUCAAAGGAGACAAAUGCAAGAGCCUCGUAGGAAAGCCAAAGAUCUUUAUAUUACAGGCGUGCCGUGGAGAUAAGCACGAUGACCCGGUGACCGCCUGUGAUGCAGUGGACAGCGAGCUGAAGACGAAUGAGGUGGUGGUGGACGCCAGCGCCGUGCACACCCUCCCCGCUGGGGCGGAUUUCAUCAUGUGCUACUCUGUGGCUGAAGGAUACUAUUCCCACAGAGAGACCAUCAACGGCUCCUGGUACAUCCAGGAUCUGUGCGAACUGCUUCUAAAGUACGGGGACUCGCUUGAAUUCACAGAAUUACUGACGCUGGUCAACAGGAAAGUGUCAAUGAGGAGCGUUGGGAAUAGUAGUGACCGGAAUGCCAUCGGGAAGAAGCAAGUACCUUGCUUUGCUUCGAUGCUCACCAAGAAACUCUACUUCAGACCAAAACAGUAACAGUUUUAGACCUCAGUUAUAAUAUGAGCUGACUUUAUAGCCUAUUAAUACCUGGGAAACUCUGUGUCCUGGGUCAUUUUAAUGAAUUUUGCUGUAUUUCCUCAAGUCCUCUACUGUAUUUUUUUUUUUGCUCAUGGACACUAAUAUUCACAAACAUCAAAUGGCAGUUGUAGUUUUAUCAGUGGUGCUAAAAUAACAGGAACAUCUUGUAUCACAUGCACUGGAGAAAUAUGACCAUUCCUGGCCUUCACUGCUGAAACCUCAAGUCGUUUUAAACAGUGGCUUCAUUUAUCAUGCAAAGUUUCUUCUGAAGAAACCAGAUUCAAGGUUUUUGCAUUUGAAUGGCAGAGAAACCAGACAGGGGGAGUAUCUGUAGAGAAUAGAGGAGAAAUCAUGUUCCAGUAUCUGGUUCAUCUGGUUUCCUGUGUAAAUGUAAACAUACAACAAGCUUGCAGAGUUAAUAAUACUCAGCAGGGUUUGCAGAGCAUUACAUCACAGUGAAUUAUAUCAUAGGACACUCAAUUCAUCAUUCAACUGCCUCUAUUUCUUACAACUCUCGAUAACCUAAUGUGAUGGAUCCCUGCAGAAAGUGCCAGGGUGUCACUGCAGCAGAGGUGGGCCAAAAACAAACUAAUUUACUGACUAAAUUGAGAGGAUCCGUUGGCUCACCACUUCAAACAAUUUUCAGGGGAAGACUUGAUAUUUUGAUACUUAUUUAAAUAUAUUGUCCAAUAUCUACUAUAAUUAUUUUACUUCCUGAUAACCAAUUUGGCUCCCAAAAUGUCUACUAACCGAGAAGACUACAACAUGACCAUAAUUUAUAGUGCAUUAAGUUGUAAGAUCUUCCUGUUAUUUUGUCCAAAACCUGUAGAUCAGAACACUAUUUAGCACUUUCAAGAAAUUGCUUUUAAACUGCAGGAUUACUAUGGACCACAAUCUGUGUUCUUUUCUUUUUUUUUUUUUUUUUUAGCUUUUUGUCACAUUUUGCUUGCGUCUUUAAUCCAGUUUAAACUACUGUGGCACCACACUAAUGUUGCCUUAUCAUGCAGCUGACUAUCCUGUCUUAACAAGGCGAGCAGACAAUAAAAGUUGACAUUUCCUCCCAACACAGUCUGUGAGGAAGAUAGAAAUGUCAAAUUAGUGUUUUUCUUGACAGUAGUCAAGUCAGCUGCAGGAAUGUCUACAAGCCAGACAAAUACUUUCCAACUAACUGUAUCUUGCGAGUCAGGUGACAUAACAGCAUGACAAUCAGGUCACUAAUCUUUUUGUUUACAUCAGGGUUUCAGAUUUCAUUAUCUUUCUAUGAGCACCAACUAUUCUUGCAACCAAGUACCACAUAAACAUGCUGUAUGUCUUCGAGCUCGCUCCAUCAAAAAGGGAAUUCAUGUUGUGCUGUUCUUUGUGUUGUAGCAUUUUACAGUACGACAUUUAAUAAUGCGGAUUUGCACCCAACAUGGCAACAAACACCUGUUUGGAAAGCACCUCAGGGAGGAGGCUGUACUGUAUUGUGGACCUAAAACACACUUGCUGUGUCACAUGAUCUAUGACUCAGGAAAAACAAAGCUACCAGCAUGCAUUGAUCCUGUAUUUUUGUGGUCUUACUGUUGUGACUGUAUAAUGCAAUCUGUGAGACAUUGUUUUAGGUACUGUCUUUCCACCCCAUAGCGUGAUUAUGUUUUAUAAAACGGCCAUUCUUUUUGUGGCAAAAAUU